CGGGUCGGGUCUUUACUAUCUUAAAGUUGGUACGGUUUGAAUCGGUUGAAAUGUUAAAGUAGGAGGGAAUAAUGUGUCAAAUUUGUCCUAAUAUGGGAAUUUGGGUGUGGAAAAUAUGGAAUGUUUUUCUGUGUGGGGAAAUUUUAGAAUGUGGAAAAUAUUUUAUAGUCAUAAAGGUUUGAAUCAGCGGAGAAAUUGAGAACUUUGGGGGGUAAAAAGGAGGAGCCAGAUGAGGUGGCUGGGCAUGUGGUUAGGAUGCCUCCCGGACGCCUCCGUGGUGAGGUGUUCGCGGGCAUGUCCCACCGUGAGGAGACCCCCGGGGACGACCCAGGAGACGCUGGGAAGACUUUGUCUCCCCCUGGAAGAGCUGGAUAAAGUGACUCGGGAGAGGGAAGUCUGGGGGUCCAUGCUAAAGCUACUGCCCCCGUGACCAGACCUCGGAUAAGCGGAAGCAAAUGGAUGGACAUAUUGAAUGGAAAGUGGAAAAUGCAAGUGCAUGACUUCAAAUAAUAACUUUUGAAUUUGCAGAAAAGCUUCGGCCACUUUUUUUUGUUUGUUUUUUUAAAAGAUGUUGCACUCUACGAACAGUCACAAUUUCCAUAUUUUGAUACAAGAAGAAACAUAGCAAGAAGUUCAUGAGAGCGGAUAACCCUGAGGCACGGCGUCUGUCUUCAUUUGUGUGAGAGAACGGGAGAAGGAGCACCGCAAACGCCACAAGCCUGAAAGCAUGCAUGGAGAGACCGUCCCUCUAUGCCAAGAGCUGAAAUGUUCGGGUUGAAGACCGAGGAUGUCGUAUUAAAUCAGCGGACUAUUUACGUUCAAGGCGGGGGCAGUAAGAGCUGGUUGACACAAGACUGUUCGUGUGGUUUGAUACUUGUCCCAAACUUAAUCCAGAAAAAGACUUAAGUCUUAUCAGCAUCUCUCCUAUUCUGUUAGAUUCAGCCUUGUGGAACCAAGCCCAGAUGGAGUGGUCACUAGAGAGUGUGAGGGAGAUGGUGGCUGGAGGGAUGCAGUCUGUAAGAGAGUGUGAGGUUUGUGCUUGCACUACAGUGGCGUGUGUCCUGCUGUUGUUUUUGUGGUACUGCUACAGGGUAGGCCGUGAUCAUAGCUCUACUCCAUUGCGGGGAAGGUAUCUGACUGGUCCCGGCAGGAUCGGAGGGGUGGUGGGGGGAUUCAUUGGCUCAGACUGUCGUAAUAGAAGCAAAGGGAAACCUGGGUCAUUGUUAGAGGAGCAGAAUGGCUUCGCUUUCUGCCAGUCGGCCGACUGUUUCCGCUGCACCAGUGCUGGAGAAAGUCUGAAUCAGAGGCUCUAUCACAGCUUGCAGGAAUACGCCAAACGUUACACCUGGUCAGGUAUGGGGAGAGUGCACAAAGGAGUUCGUGACCAAGGCCGAUACCUUAACAGCCGACCAACCAUCCAGCGGCCUGAGGUCUUUUUCCUCCCUGACCUACCGUCGGCUCCUUUCUUCUCCAGGGAAAUUCAAAGACAUGAUGUGGAACUCCUGGAGCAGAGCUUCCCUGCCCUUCUGGCUGAGUUUGAGAGCAUCUACAAUCAACCCCCAGUCCACAGCGGCUCCCCCCUGCCACCGGGAUGGAAAGUCAACAACACUCCUCGUGGCCAAUGGUGGACCUACUACCUGGUCAAUCAAGGCACCCCUCUGGUACUUAAUGUCAGGAGGUGUCCACGGGCCUGGAGGGUGCUAAGCCAGCUGCGCACUUUCAUUGCCAACAACGUGUUCGGAAAUGCCUGCUUCUCUGUGCUGUCACCGGGAGCUCUCAUCACUGAACAUUAUGGUCCAACAAACGUGCGACUGCGCUGCCACCUGGGUCUCCGAGUGCCCUCCUCCUGUGAGCUUGUCGUCGGUGGAGAGCCACAGUGCUGGUCUGAGGGCAGCUGUCUGCUUUUUGAUGACUCUUUCCUCCACAGGGCCUUCCACGAGGGGGUUGCAGAGGACGGCCUUAGAGUGGUCUUCAUGGUUGACCUCUGGCACCCAAAUGUGGCCGCCGCCGAGAGACAAGCCUUAGACUACAUUUUCACUCCAGGCCGCUUAGAGGAGAAGGAAGCCAAAUAGGCGAACAUACUGUAUGUGAUGAGUCAUGUCCAAGCAAGAGGUAGAGGGCGUGCGUGUGUGCUGCAGAACAAAUGUUUCUCUCUGCUUUCAAGACCAGCUCUCACAUUCACCGUGUGCUUCAUUUUCCUUUUCAUGUCUCUCAGAGCUCAACUGAGUAGCUGCACAAUUAUUGGCCCCAUGUCUGUGUUAAACACAGCCGCAUUUAGCAGCACAUUUUGAUAUAUUUGCAGUGAGUGCCAGAAGUAUUUGGACAGUUUUGCCUUUAUACACACACCACUACAACGGAUUUGAAAUAAAAGGUGAUGCAAAACUAAAUGCGGACCAGCAAACAAACAGAAAGUGAAGGCCUGGCAAAGCAUCUCCACGGAAGAAACAUUUGGUAAUGUCCAUGGACUCCAGACUUCAAGUGGUUAUUGACUACAAUGUGAACCCUCAUAAAUUCUGGAAGUCUUCUUGACAUCUGGACUGUUUUAUUUCAAAUCCAUUGUGGUGUCUAUUCACACAAAAUACUGUACCUCAAAUCUGUUAUCCAAAUAUUUCUGGAUCUGCAUCACUGGUCAUGCCAUGCAGGGCAAUGUUUGCUUCUUUUUUAAACAUCUAAUUUCACGUUGGCUUUUUAGGAACUUGUCAAUUUUUGCACUAAUCUGUAAAGCAGUGAUGUAAAACACCUAUGAAAUCCACAAGUGGAGAUGAUUACAUUUGAUAUUUAACUGAUAAAGCUAACGUCUAAACGAGAUGUUUGUACCACUUGUCUCAUCCGUAUACGUUUGAUAACGUCAGUCAUCACAUGAAUGUUUACAGAGCUAAUGCGGCUGUGGUCCUGACUCUUGCAACUGUGCUUGCCAAUUGCGCUCAGUCCCCACCUGCUUGUAAAAGACAUGGUUGAAUAAGCACAUUGAUUUUUUUUGUUAGAUUGUAUGAGUCAAACUGUGCAGAUACAAUGGAGAUGAAUCGUGUUUGUUAAAUUUGCUAAAUUAUGGUAAUGUGGUUGUAUUUGAUAUUACAUUUGUAUUAUUGUAAAUACAUAAAGAGUUUAGGUUAAACUGGGGGGUGGCCUGACGUGUUUAGGAAUAAUGGUCUUCGAUCCUAACUAUCGUGUUGUCGACUUAUUUAAUUUGCCGGCCUAAACACUUUGUUGAUUGACAAAUGUAUUCUGUAAAAUACUUAUGAAGUGGACUACGCUACUGUUCUAUUUGAUUUAUGUUAUGCAUGACCUGCAAACAUCCAUAAUACAUUUAUAUAACUUGAAUCCAUACUUAUCGAUACAUACAUUAGACAAUUUGUGUGCUGUUUAAAAGGGCCUUUUUUUUUUUUUUUUUUGCACAUCAAAAGUAAUCUCAAGCAGCUUUGUGUUGUUUGCAAAUAUAACACUGAUGUUUACAAUGUCUGAGAACAAUGACACUCACAUUGAGCUGUCUUUUUUACAAUUUGGAUUUAACCUUAUGAAGAAGAGCCUAAUUCUCAAAGCUCGUUCUUUAGACUUCAUGGCGGAACGACAACAAUGUGUUUACAUUUGGAUUAGAACCGGUAACAAUCUUGAACUCGCUUGUAAAGACGCUACAGCGACCUCUUCUGUCUGAAUUGAUCAUUACAGGACACUGGUGCCUACUGCUGUUGCCAUCCACGUGGCAAGGAACUGCAGAGAGAAACUAUUUAAAAGACUGACAUUUGGGUGACUUUUUUUUCUUUUCUUUUUUUUUUUAAAUGUUAAAGUGCAGCAGUCUGAGCUUUCUGACUGACUUAGCAGGAGAUUUUGAAUAAUGCAUGUGGGAGCAAAGACAUGGGUCAGUCACAGUGCCUUCAAAGGUCUUUAAAAACAACUUUUGAAAUUUAGUACGUCGUAUGAUGUUAAUGUGUGGUGGGUUUUAGCCAACAACAGUUUGGUGGGAAUAUCAACCAUCCAUUAACCAUCAAUGUUGGUCUUUCUAUGCUGUUCUAUUGAAAAUGUUCCUAUUAUGUUGCUUCCUUGUGUGGAUUUUCAACAGUAUUUCUGUACAUUUAAUAAAUGGCCAAGAACAUGACUGUAUUAAACGAGGUGUUGUCAGUUUUUCCCUAA